AUGAGGCCAAUUGCUUACGUCUCUAGAGCAUUAAAUAAUACGGCAUUAAAUUACAGCACUAUAGAGAAGGAAGCAUUAGCCAUAAUCUUCAGCGUGAUCAGAUUAAAACAGUAUUUACUGGGUAUGCAUUUUGUACUACAAACUGAUCAUAGACCAUUGCUCGCUAUUUUUGGUGAUCGCAAAGGUAUUCCAAUAAUGGCAGCUGCGCGAAUGCAACGAUGGGCGUUCAUUUUAACUGGAUUUAAUUACACCAUCGAAUAUAUUAAAGGUUCUUUAAACAGCGCGGAUAGUUUAUCACGCAUAGGUCAAAUUGAGAAUCCGGACACUAAGCCUGAGAGCACAUACAUCAACUAUGUGAAUUUCGUUAAUCCGCUUCAGCUAGAUUUUCUAGCAAUAGCUAAAUAUACACGUCGCGAUGCUAUUCUUUCUAAGGUCGCAAACUCCAUUUUAAAUGGUACACUUUUGAACUUGGGUGGUAAUGAAUUUAAUGCAUUCAAAACCAAAGCAUCUGAGCUGACUGUUGAAUCAGGAUGCAUUUUAUGGGGUUAUCGUACGGUUAUUCCGAGUAAAUUACAAGGAAACGUGCUACAAGAAUUACACAAAUCGCACUUAGGUAUAGUUAAAACAAAAUCUUUAGCUAGAUCAUAUGUGUAUUGGCCAAAUAUUGAUAAAGAUAUUGAGAAUAUGAUAAAGACUUGUGAACCAUGUCAAAAAUACCAAGCAAAUCCGGAGAAAAGUUUUUUAAUUCCAUGGGAACCAACUUAUUCAGCUUGGAAACGUAUUCACGUGGAUUUUGCUGGCCCUGUCCACGGCUAUUAUUUAUUUUUGAUAAUUGAUUCUUUUUCGAAAUGGCCCGAAGUUUUCAAAACAAAGGUCAUAACUGCUACAUUCACAAUAAAUAAAUUGCGGGAAGUCUUCAGUCGUUUUGGGUUGUGUGAUGUACUGGUCAGUGACAACGGAAGACAAUUUACUUCUUUGGAGUUUCAAGCUUUUGCUAAAGCAAAUGGAAUCAAAUUAAGUCGCACUGCACCAGGUCAUCCGUCCACUAACGGACAAGCAGAAAAUUUUGUGAAAACAAUAAAAAAAUCUCUUAUAGCAACUUUAGAACAAAAUGAAGUGCAUAAUUUUGAUGUAAUUUUACAACGUUUUCUAUUUGAUUACCGAAUCACAAAACAUUGCACAACCAAUGAAUCUCCAUCAAAACUUUUGCUCAAUCGCGAACUUAAAUCUCGAUUCAGUCUUAUGCAGCCACCAACUACUAAAGAUAUUAUUGAGUCCAAGCAAAUAAAUGCAGUUAAAAAUUACAAAGGGAAACGCAAAGUAAACUUUUCUGUAGGUCAAAACGUUUAUGUUCGAGACUACAAAAAUCCAAAUAAAGCAGUUUGGUCUCCGGCUGUAAUACAAAAAAAACUAGGUCCAAGAAAUUACACUUGCUAUUUGACACGCGAUAAACGUGACAUUAAAAGACAUCUUGAUCAAAUAAUUAAUCGUUCCGAUGUUAAUACUGAAACAUUGUCUGAGGAGCCUUUCGAGGAAACGAAUAUACCGUCGGAAGCAAGAGCUGUUGUGAAAUUUGAAGAGCCGCUGGUUGAGAUUGACGACCUUUCAGAGGAAGAUGAUGUAUUCAAAGAUGCAAGCGAUUCUAUUCCAUAUAAUAUUGAAAGACGUGAAACGAGGCAAACAGCUGCAAGAGCUAGAGUAAAAAUCACAGAACAGAUUGCUCCUCAAAGAUUGAACAAAAAUGACAAUCGGAACAAUUAA